AUGGACGAUUCCUGCUUCAGUGGUACGGUCCAGACAGCGUCUCGUUGCCAUGGCAGCAGCAAUCGCCGCAUCUUAUUGCUCGCCGCCUUUGGUAUGGCCGGAUCUAGCGGAGCAGGCGACCCUGUGGGGCAUCUCCUGGUUCAGGUACAGAAUGACCUUGAACAUUUAAAGAAGAAACUAGGGAACUCCAAACAGCAGAAUGGGGCCAUGGUGGAUAUCCAAGCCCUGGAGACAGCAAUACAGAGGACCGAGCUUGGAAUAAAGAAGCAUACCCAGGAUUACUUGGCUUACAUCAGCUGCAGCCCAAUGACAAUACUUCAUGACCAGAGCAAGGACAAGUAUACUCCACGUGUAUUGAAAUGGGGCCCUCAACUGGAAGCUGCAAAGCAAAACCAAAAACUACCUCUAACAGAUAUUUCGGGAACAAGAAGACAACCUCUAAGCACAAUUGGACACACAUCACCAGGGCAACAGCACAAGCUAGCCUUCAGUACGCGCAUCAUCUGUAAUACUGAGAAGCCAACCCAUCGUGACCUCCUCAACCAGAACUAUGGGAUCAACUUGCCUCUGAUCAGCUGCAAACCAAAAGCAUCUGUACCUAUGGAGAAGAUUGUCAAAGGGCCUACCUUCACUCCUCUUUCAGUGUUACCAGCCUCACACCGUAUGGAUGCCUCACUGACUCCACCACCAGUGCAUGAAAAGGAUGUACAAAAAGGAAUUCUCAGUCUACUGCAGAGAGGACUCAUUCCCCCGGCUGCUCGUCUCACCCUGGUUCCUUCUGCCAUUCAGCCCCAGACUCUGUCCCUGCAUAGUGCUCAGACUCGCUGGACAUCCUCUCAUUCACAAGGAAGAGAUCAUGUCAAGCUGACAGAGAAGGAUCCACACCAGACAAGCCAAGAUCAGGAUCAGACAGAGUCUCUGCUAUCAAGUGAUGGAAUGGAAACACCAUUUCCUUCUGUGCGUCAUAAUGUUUCUAACAAAACUACAAGGACAUCAGCCAAUGUGACAAACCAAGAAAGAGAAGCCAGUGAAUCUCCCGCAUCACAGGAUCCUUGGGAAUUGACUGCCAUCAGUGUUCCCAUUGGUCAGUCGUUUACCAUUUACAAUGGUGUGAUUGAUCCCAAUGCAACAGACUUUUUGGCCUUUAAGCAGCAUUACUGUCUUAGCUGGGGUAGUUUUAUGACUUUUCUGGAGAGCUUAGUAAGGUUACUCCAGGAUUAUGCUGUUCCUAAUGCUGUGGUAAAUGGAGAGAGGAUGAAGAUAGCUUCGCUGGAUGUGGAGCUGGGUAGGACUCCAUCAAUAUCUCACCUGCUGUCUGUGUUAGAAAACAGAUCUUGGGUUCACAAGUUCUUGAACCAGCCCGGACAGCGUUACAAGGGAAGAGAAGGAAGGUCAGCAGCUGCUCUGAAGAUCCAAAGCACAUGGCGAGGAUAUAAAGACAGAGUGGCAUACCUUGCCUACCAUCAACAAAGAUGGGCUACUGGUGUCAUUGCCAUUGCCUGGCUGCUAUGUGUACAAAAAUCCAGAGUACAUAAGAUGUUGCUGGAAGCCAGAGACCAUCAUUUACAGAACUUCAGAUCUAGAGCAAAGCAUCUGGCAUCCAACUGGAAUCACAUCAGGACGUGCAGGAGGAGCAUUAUCCAUAUCCCAUCAUUAGGUUACACAGAAGAGCAGAGAGCUCAGGCCACCGACCUCCACAUUGAGCAGAACCUCCAGAUGGGACGUCUGUGUGACAUAGCAGACCCCAAUGUGGACGUCAUCUACAUAUGCCCUGUGAAGUUGGAUGAGGAGAUGGCACAAUACUACCGUAAACUUCUGGGUCUGAGGGCAGCAGUGCUGUCUGAGAAUCCACAAGAUGCGACUGAGCUGCAGGAGAGAUUUACCAUCAUCACCCCUGAGGCUGUGGACAGAUUUCCUAAUCACCACAUGUGCCUUUCCAGCCUACUCAAGUACAGCCCAAAGGCCUUACAGCGUAUACGGAACUUGAUCCGAGGUCGGGAGGCCUACAUUGUUGGAAGAGUCCCACAUGUUGAUGACUUGGCUGUGGCUGACAUGCUGGGUGUCCCUAUCCUAGGCACCGAACCUGAGGUGGCACAUCUUUAUAGCACCAAAUCUGGAAGCAAGCGCAUCUUCGCAAGUGCUUACAUCCCGAUUCCUCCGGGACAAUAUGACAUUUAUACUGAAGAACAGUUCCGAAGUGCUCUGGGCCAACUUAUAACAGAUAACCUUCUGGUGACUCGCUGGUUGUUUAAAGUGGACAAUGAAUUUGGCAGUAACGGGACUGCAUUUUGUGAUAUUGGGGUCCACCUGCCAUGCUACAGCUGGGCCCUGAGAGAGAGCAAGAAGUACGGCCCCGACACCUGGAAACAGAAAUGGGCGCAGGAAAAGGUCUUACAGCAGAUCACAGAGGAACUUCCGCAGGUUCUGGAACACUAUGCACAGCCAGUCAACAGAAGACGCUACCCUACCUGGGGCAGAUUUCUACAAGCUCUAGUCAGCCAUGGUGGAGUAAUUGAAGCCUAUCCUCCGGCUGAGAGUAUUACCUGCCUCACUGUAGACCUGCUGAUUAACCCAGGGGGAGAAAUCCAGAUGGUGUCCUGUGGAGAUCAGAUUCAUGGUGGCAGUCCCCUGGAAUGUAUAGGCAGUUCUGUUCCUCAAUGCUCGGUACCCCCCAGUGUGCUGGCAUCAAUCUGCAACCACAUCGGAGAAGCCUGCAAAAUCCGCGGUGUGCUCGGAUACCUGUCUGUGGAACUCAUAACAUUCAUAGACCCUCAAAGUCUCAAGCAGCAGAUUUGGGCCACUGACUUAGACCUGUGCUACAGUGACCAGCUGGCCAUGACUCAACUCAUGCUGUACCUGACCAAUGGGACGCUGGAUUGUACCAACAGCCAACUAAAUGUACCAUCUGCUUAUAAGAAAAUGGACCGCCCCAGACAUCGCGAUCAAACAGUAGAGACACCCCGUGUUUGCAGCCGAGUCGCUGUUCUCAGCACACGCCUGUUUCACACAAACCUAUCGCUUGUGUAUUACAAUGUGUUCUUUCAGAUGUGCAAAGCCCAUGGCAUUGGAUAUGAUGUAAAGGAGAAGCAAGGUACGGUGUUUGUGCUGUUAGAAAACCUGAAAAGGCACCGAAUAGAAAUGCUGAGCAUCGCCGAGGACCUCCAGGGAGCUCUGAUGACCUUUGCUCGCAAUCUGUUCAUCAUCCAUCAAGAAAUAUCAGCGCCUAAAAUGCAGGGAGAAACUAAUUUCAAGGAUUGUGUGCAAGAAAUCGAGACGAUUCUGGGUGUUACAGAAGAGAACAAGCUGGUGUUUGAACAAAAAAAUGAAGACAUCCCUCCAUAA